GAGCAGAAUGAAUCAAAGUUAUAUAAAGUUCACAACUACAGGCUUAGAGAUCCAAUCCGUUAUUUUGUAUUAAAUCACUUUAUCACAUGACUUAUUGGUGCAAUUAAUGAGAGAAAUAGCAGCUUGUUGGGCUAGGCCGACUCACAACACCGUGAAUAAGCGGUGUUGUUUUACUUUCCUCCAUCCAGAAUUUCGUGGUGAGCAACCUCCGCCAGCCAGACCAAAUAGACUAAGAACAAUCAAAUCAAAUCGCCUACAGGCUACAGCGGAAGGAAAGUAAGGAGGACAAGCGGAUUUAUAUAUUUUCAGUUUAAGGAAAAGAAAGGGAUUAAGAAAACAAAUAUUAUUGGACUUAAAGGGUGAUUGGCAUACAGUCUUUUCGUUGUCCUUUGCAGCCUCGGGCCCUCAGAAGUCUGCCCUCGUUCCUUCUGAGUCAUGGGUAGCUUCUCCAGUAAGGACAGCCAUGGAACCACAGGACCUAACCUGGAUUUGUAUCACACCCCCCCCACGUCUCCGGUGUCCUCCACCCUGCCUGCUCACACUCUGUUCACCCCCUCUACACCAGCCCAGCCGGACGCCCCCUCCCAAUCCCCAACGCCCUGCCCAACACUUUCUAUAGCCCCAGCCCAAUCCCCAACGCCCAUCCCAAAACUUACUAUAGCCCCAGCCCAAUCCCCAGGGCCCGUCCCAACACCUACUACAGCCCCAGCCCAAUCCCCAGGGCCCGUCCCAACAUCUACUACAGCCCCAGCCCAAUCCCCAGGGCCCGUCCCAACACCUACUACAGCCCCAGCCCAAUCCCCAGGGCCCGUCCCAACAUCUACUACAGCCCCAGCCCAUUCCCCAGUGCCCGUCCCAACCCCCCAUCCAGCCCAUUCCCCAGUGCCCGUCCCAACCCUCCAUCCAGCCCCAGCCCAAUCCCCAGCCCAGCCCAAUCCCCUGUGCGUGUCCCAACCCCCAACCCAGCCUCAGUCCCAACCUCAGCUCCAGCUCUCGUUGUGGGAAGACCACUGCCCGUCAGCCCUGGUUCGUCUCUGGUGGAUCCUGGAUUUAUCUCCUCGCAUGGCAGGACAGGAAAUGAUGUAG